GGGUAGAAGGAGAAGAUGAUGGUGGAUGAUGGCCAAAAUGGUUGAUCACAAAAGAAGAAGAAAUUGCAGUAAUAAUAAUAGUUUUGUCCUGAGAAACUUAGCUGGUGAGGAGAGGCUUAAGACUGACAUCCCUGCCAAGAAGGACAAGGUUGGAGAACGAGUAGCAAAGCUUCAGCAACUGGUUUCACCUUUUGGAAAGACAGAUACAGCCUCUGUGCUUGCUGAGGCCGCUGCAUACAUCAAAUUCCUCCAAGAACAAGUCCAGGUGCUGAGUGCUCCAUAUCUUGAGACAACAAUGGAAGGGAAGAUCGAAUCUGAGAAGGUGCGGUCUCUGCCUCAUGCCGAUCAACUCGAUAUACAAGCUUGCACAAAGCAAUGGAGCAGAUCUGUGGGCACCAGUGAACACAAGGAAAAAAAACAACAAAAUACUGAUGACUGAGAACUUUGGCAACUCA